AUGACGGAUCAUCAUCAUCAUAAUCAGCAGCAACCAAUGACGAAAAACCUCCACGAGUCAGCAUCAUCACCAUCGACUCGACAGACCGUGAGAUUCCUAACGGCGGCGAUGAUAGGCUUGUCACUGUUAGUGCUCUCUGGACUAACGCUCACAGGCACGGUGAUAGGUUUGAUCGUAGCGACGCCGCUGAUGGUUCUGUUCAGUCCUGUGCUGGUGCCAGCUGUGAUAACGAUCGGGCUAUUAGCGGCAGGAUUCUUGUUUUCCGGUGGAUGUGGAGUGGCAGCUGCCACGGCGUUAGCGUGGAUCUAUAGGUACGUCACCGGAAAACAUCCGAUGGGAGCGGAUAAGGUGGAUUACGCCAGAAUGAUGAUAUCGGAGAAAGCUAAAGAGUUGGGACAUUAUGCUCAGACGCAAACACACGAAGCUCACACCAAAUAA